ACCUCCUCAUUGCUUCAAUGGCAACUCGACAAACCUUCGUCCUCCUAACUCUCUCUAUAAUUCACACAUCCCAAGUCUGUCUUCUUCAGCAUUUCAAAUUUCAAGAGCUCUGCAACGGCCUCUCUAUCUCUGUUCUGUCUCUGUUUUUUCUUUUUUUAACUCGGGUUUUUACAGAAUAAUUGUCAGGAGCCCAAGAAAGUGAGUCCUUAAAAGCAGGACACCAAGAAAUGGGGAGUGAAGGAAAUUUCAUCAGUAACGGUCUAAAUGGGAUUUACAAGCAGGACGAUGGCCUCAGUUUUGAUCCAAGAAAACCGCCUCCAUUUAGGAUUGCCGAGAUCCGAGCAGCCAUUCCCAAGCACUGUUGGAUCAAGAACCCAUGGAGAUCGCUAAGUUAUGUUCUCAGAGAUUUAGUGGUGGUUUCUUUAUUGGUGGCGGCUGCUGUGUUUUUCAACAACUGGGUUUUUUGGCCUCUUUACUGGCUUGCGCAAGGAACAAUGUUCUGGGCAAUAUUUGUUCUUGGACAUGAUUGUGGCCAUAGCAGCUUCUCUGAUAAUCCCAAGCUGAACAGUGUGGUGGGUCAUAUCUUACAUUCAUCCAUUCUCGUACCUUACCAUGGAUGGAGAAUCAGCCACAGGACCCACCAUCAAAACCAUGGAAAUAUUGAGAAGGAUGAGUCUUGGGUGCCACUGCCUGAAAAGAUCUACAAGAAAUUGGGUCCAAAAACACUGACUCUUAGAUUCACAGUGCCUUUCCCCAUGUUGGCAUAUCCUAUGUACUUGUGGUACAGAAGUCCAGGAAAGACAGGAUCUCAUUUCAAUCCAUACAGUGACUUAUUUGCAUCUAAUGAAAGAAACCUUGUGAUAACCUCAACUUUGUGUUGGACUUUAAUGGUGGUUUUGCUUGCCUCUUUAUCUUUUCUGUUGGGUCCAAUCCAGAUGCUUAAGCUCUAUGGCAUACCUUAUUUGAUCUUUGUGAUGUGGUUGGAUUUUGUGACAUACUUGCAUCACCAUGGUCAUGAGCAGAAACUUCCUUGGUACCGUGGCCAGGAAUGGAGUUAUCUACGCGGAGGACUUACAACUGUGGACCGUGAUUACGGAGUGUUCAACAAUAUUCAUCACGAUAUUGGCACUCACGUUAUACACCAUCUCUUCCCUCAAAUACCACACUAUCACCUUGUAGAAGCGACGAAAGCAGCAAAACCAGUGCUGGGAAAGUAUUACCGCGAGCCAAGGAAAUCUGGGCUAUUUCCAUUUCAUCUGUUCCAGAAUUUGAUGGAAAGUUUGAGACAUGAUCACUUUGUUAGCGAUACUGGAGAUAUCGUGUUCUACCAGACUGAUCCAAGACUGAUUAAAGAUCCUUCAAGCAAGCUCGAGGACUGAGUCUGUUUUACAAGAAGUCAUCAGCUGGAAAGAUGUAACUUUUGCUUAGAUAUAUCACUUGAUUCCAUACCCUCUAUCCAGUUACCAUUUUUUUUUUCUCUUAAGGUGAGAAGAGAAGAAGAGGGAGAACCUCAUUGAAAGGUUUUUGUAGCAAAUUGUUGGAAGAUGGAAUUAGAAAGUGGAUUAUCAAUUUUGUCUGUAAUGAAAAACUGCAAGUUUAGAGAAA